UAGGUAGACCAGGCUGCCCUCAAACUCUCAGAGGUCCAUCUGCCUCUGCCUCCCCAGUGCCCACCUCCUAACCUUUGCAAAACAGUUUACUACUAAUCUAUGUCUGCUUUCUUUCCUUGCGGUCACUUGUGAUGGGCCUCUUUCCCUGCGAAGUCAUGUGUUGUUCUUCUAGCUCAGCUGGGGCUGAGUAAAGGGGCUUCUAGUAGCAAGAACUGUAGGCUAGACCUUGGGAGGCGCUUUCUCCCUGUUUGGACUGAGAGACUCUGAGAUUGCCUAGGGGCUCUGGGCCUCCUCACCAUAGAGCUGCAGGUGUGGAUGGCACCUCUGCUGAUAACCACCCAUCUUACUGGAAAGUGGGAGAUGUUCAAGAGAUACCUCCCGUGAAAACUCUGAGAAAGUCUGGCCUGACGGGUGCAUCACCUUGCAGCCUGUUGUUCUGUACCCACCAGGGAGGGCGUAUCUGGGUCCUGUCCAUGUUGGCAUCUUUUCCAAUCUGGCUCUUCUUUCUAGUCAGGACAGUUCAAUGAGGACAUGAUCCCCACUGUGGGUUUCAACAUGCGCAAAAUCACCAAAGGGAACGUGACCAUCAAGCUCUGGGACAUUGGGGGGCAACCCCGUUUCCGCAGCAUGUGGGAGCGUUACUGCAGAGGAGUGAGCGCCAUCGUGUAUAUGGUGGAUGCUGCAGAUCAGGAGAAGAUCGAGGCCUCCAAGAAUGAGCUCCACAACCUGCUAGACAAGCCCCAGCUGCAAGGCAUCCCGGUCUUAGUCCUCGGUAACAAGCGAGACCUAGCGGGAGCACUAGAUGAGAAGGAGCUGAUUGAGAAAAUGAAUCUGUCUGCUAUCCAGGACCGAGAGAUCUGCUGCUACUCCAUCUCCUGCAAGGAGAAGGACAACAUAGACAUCACCCUACAGUGGCUUAUUCAACACUCAAAGUCACGGAGAAGCUGAGACUGUGGCUUUUCUCCUUCGGACCAGGGACCACAGUCACCUAACCUGAAGCCGAGCUCCCCGCCCACCGUUGUCUCCCCCAAACCCACUGCUCCUCACCCAGUGUGGGGAGGACCCUCUGGGGCUCCUAGAGUCCCAUUCUGCUGAGGUUUGAACUCCUGUUUUUAUUGUAAAAUAAAUUCCCCCCCCCAAUAUGGUCCCCUAACCUCUCUCUCUCUCUUUGUCCCUCACCUCACCCCGCUUCCCUCCCCUCCCAACAGCCCUGGCCCCGCAACCCCUGUCCUCACUUUCUGUCCCACCCUCUACCUCCCCUUUCAACACCUCUGUUAUUGUCCUGUGUGUACAGUAUAUAUAUGUAUAUAUAUUUUAAUUUUUUAAUUUAAGCAAAGACUUAAGAUCAACCAUUUGAUGCUGCAGGGGCCAAUCAGGACCUGGGAGGGGCAAACUGGAAAGAUGGGAAGAGAUGCAGGGUCAACUUGGGGCAAGUUCAAAUGUAAAAAGGUGGUGGUUGGCUGGCACUCGGGGCAGGUACCAGCCUGGCCACUGGUGAUUGUCCCCAUGUCCUGUAAAGUAUUUCUGUCUCCCAGUAAAGGGCCUGAAUACCCAGGCCCGGCAAGAGCCUCCUUUCUGUCCCCAGCCUUGGGAGGGCCACCAGGCACAACCAGGUAGCAGAGACCACCAGGCCUAAGAGGGAGGAAGCCAGUGUCCAUGCCAACCCAGCGACCCCCAUUCUCACCGUUCCCAGCCCCAGCUCCUGCCUCUACCCAGGGCCUCCACCUCCAUGGCCCAUUUCAUUUUCUGUUCUCAUCUCACAGAGUUGUACAAGGAGAGAACUCAGCAUGGGGGGUUGGUUCUUUGGGUUUUGUUUGUUUGUUUGUUUAAUUUAAUGAUUUGUAAAGUGAUGUUCCUCUUCCUUUUACACUUUCCAGCUCAUAUUUAACCUCUGUUUGAAAAAUGAUUCUUGUAACUGUACAUUUUUUUUUUGCCUCCUAAUAAUGACAAUAAUAAAUUACCAAUUUUGUGUUG